AUGAAUAGUAAACAUCAUAAGCAAACUUCAUCUAUAUUAAAUUUAGUAAGAUUAAGAAUGUAAAUAGAUCAAUUCAUUUUAAUUUAUUUAACCUAAGUUGAACCAACUAUAGGAUUUCAGUACUGGCAUUGCUCUAUAAUAAAUGUUAUAUCAUAUGUAUUCGUAAUUAUUUUAAUAAAGAUUUGAAAUAGAUAUUUAAUUGGAAUAAGGUGAAAAUUGGGAAAUGUAGAUGAAAGUAAUGAAGGAAUUAUGGAAUGGAUUUGAAAGCAAGUUAAAACUUUAAUAAAAGCCUAACUUUCUUUAGAUUGUAAAAAAUAGAAAUGAAUAAUGUAUUUUAGAAAUGGUAAAUAAAAUAAUUCUUAUUUAUAUUAGAUGGUAUGUCUUUUAUAAGGAACAAUAAAUUCAUAAUAGUCAAGUUAAUUAGUGACUCAAAUGAUGUAAUUAGAAUAAGAAACAUAAAUGAUUCUAUUAAAAUUAAUUUAAGAGGAAUAGCCUUCUGAAUCUUUAGAUCAAGAAUCAAAGAUAAAUGAUGAAGUAUUACGUAAAUUUGAGGAAUUAGAAUAUGAAAAUUAAAAAUUGAAUUAAGAAUUGAUGCUUUUUAAAGAGUAAUAUGAAAUUGAGAAAAAAAAAUGGCAAGAAGAUAUUGAUAUUGUUUAAGUAGAUUUAGAAACUAGAUAAAAGACUAUAAAUUCUUUAAAUGAUGAUUUAAAUUAAAUUUAUGAAACUACACAAACUAAUUCUGUUAGUGAAGUUUGUGAGUAUAUUCAUAAUAGAAUGGAUGAUAUUAAAGGAAUGUAAUUAAUUAUUGAAACUUUAAAAAAUGAUUAAUAAUAAGAAAAAGAUGUACAUGAAGAGAUAGUAAAAGAUUUAAGAAAUAAAUUAGAAGUAGGAUAUAGAAAAUAUACUUAAUUGUAAAAAUUAGAAAAAUAUUGUGAGUAAUUAAAAACUUAAUUAUCUGAAUCUCUUCAAGAAUAAGCCAAAAAUAAAGAAAACUUGAAAUAAAAUUCAAAGUUAAAAGAAGAAAAUAUUGAGUUGAAUAAUAAAGUUGUUUAAUUACAAUAAAAAUUAGAUUAACAAAAAUAGUUAUAAAAAUAAAAUUAAAAAAUUUAGAGUUAAUAAGAAUUUGAUAUUUCAAAAGCUAGAUCAGAGAAUGAAUCUUUGAAUAGAUAAUUGAAAUUAAGAGAAUAAGAGAUAUUUAAAUUAAAAUAAGAAAUAAUAGAUUUAGAACAUAAUAUACAUAAUAAGACAGAAUAAUCUUAAUUAGAAAAUAGUUCAGUGAUGUUACAUUCCUUAAAUGAUGGAGAAGAGAGAAGAAAUUUUAGUGGAAUAUUCACACCAAAAAGGAAUCUUGGAUUAGAAUUAUCUUAAUUAAUAACAAAAUCUAAUUAUUUAAUAGAAGGAGAUUAAAAACUUAAAUUAGAUGUUCAUACAUAAACAGAUGAAAAUUAUGAAUGUUCUAUAUUUAUAAAAAAAUAGGAUUCUAGUUUUGAUGAAGAGAUUUUAUCAUCUUAAUUAUCAUUUUGGAAGACAUAAUGUUCUGAUUUAUUAGCAGAAAGAGCAUUAUAUGAAGAAAAGUAGAAUUAAUUGUAAAAAGAAAUGAAGGAAUUACAAAUAAAAUUAGAAUAGUUUUUUGUUGAAUAAUUUAAAUAUGAAUAAGAAUUAUAGGAGGCAAAAGAUAAAGUAAUAAAUUUAAUUGAAGUAAUUUGUAAGGAUAUUCAUAUUAGGAUAAUAAUGUAAUUAGAAGUUAGUUUGAGUAAUCUUUACAAAAAAUUGCUUUACUUGAUAAAUAAGUAGUUGAAUUUCCUUAGAUAAAAGAGUAAUUGGAAGAAACAUAGUAAAGACUAGAAAAAACAGAGGAAUAACUCAGAAUUAAGAAAAAAAAGAAAGUGCUUGUAAAUUAAUCUUCGUUGAUGAAUAAAUAAUUAGAAAUAACUAAGAGAACAUAUGAAGAACUGCUUUAGAUUAAGUAGGAAGAACUUUAAUUGUUGGCUGCAUCGAUCUAACAUAUAAUCAUUAAUUAUAAUGUUUCCUAAAUCUUGUGAU